AAUUUUAGAGGAAGGAAAAAAUUUCUAAUAGGUAACCCACAAUUUUUUGGAUUAAAAAAGCCAAGUAGGAGGGUAUAUUCAUAGGUGUAAGCAGGUAGAUUCAAAAAUCAUUUCUAAGACAUCAUUAAUUAAAAUCAUGUUCUUGACUAGGCUCAGUCCAUUAAAACCCAAGAACAUUGUUCGCACCCUCGUCUUGCAUGGGAGGUGUGCUCAACUGUUAGGGACAUCAAAUUCUUCGAGAAUCGUAACGUCUCUUCCACACCUCGUCGUUUGUAAUCGCAAACAAACAACUUUCAUCUAUCACUCCGUGGAUGUCCGUUCCACACCUACAAAAGAUGACUUUUCAUGUCCUUGAAGGUACAAUUACAUUCCCCCUCAAAACACUAUACUUCUUACUCAAAUUCUAACUUGAGAAUUGAAGUGCAUUUUGAAGGUACCGUUUUGAACACUCACUUGCUCUCAUGUGACACUAUUUUUCUUAAAACCUCAGACUAGCCGUGUCUUAUGUGGAAAACUAGUUUUCUGUGAUGUUCAGAUUUUGAUCCAAGACAUUACUUAAAAAUAUUAGGCUUAAUAGUAGUUUUGAACCCUAAGUAUAUAGUCCAUUUUGCAGUUUUGGCCCCCAUGUCAAUUUUAACCAAGUCAUCGCACAUGUGGAUGCCACAUGCGUUAUUUUCAAUUUAAAAAUAAAUAAAAAUGUCACAUGUGUAAUGCUUUAAUUAAAAAAAAAAUUAAAAAAAAACUCCUUUCUCUUCUCUCUCAAGGAAAAACGAAAAAAUGUAUAAAUAAUAAAAGAAAAGAAAAAUGCCCUAGAAGAGAAUGUGCUGCCCAACCACUCUUGGAUUCACCCUUAGAGACCAAAGUCCCGACAAGCGCCAUACUUGGAUAGCAAACGGACAAGUAAAGAAUAAAUGCGCCAGAUCCUCAUGAGUGGAAACACAGCUAACGCAAUGCAAAGGGCACUGCACACCUUUGUCAUGAAGUCGGAUUCUCGUAGGUAAACAACCCCUACACAUCCUCCAGACUAAGUUUUGAACCUUAGGAGGUACUUUAAGCUUCCAAAUUCCGGACCAAUUACCGGGACGGUGAAGGUAAGAAGAAUCGAAGAGUUCCUCGACACAAAAACGAUAAGCACUCUUUACAUAAUAUUUCCCAUGCUUUUCAUCCUUCCAAAUCAAGCGGUCUAACUACGCAUGAGAAAUGAGGGGCGUGCUCAUGAUUUUAUCUGCUCAUGAGAAAUUAAGCGGUCUAACUACGCAUGAGAAGUUCGAGAUUUGAAUGGGCCUUCUCUGGUCUUGCAUCUCAAUCUCUUUUCAACUCCAUCUUUUUAGAUGAAUUGGAAGCCUAAAAGUUGUUAGGCUGCGUGGAAUAGAUACCAAUUGCUCCUUAUCUGGCUAUCUGAGCCUUACUUUACCAGUCCUCGAAACGCUCGUGACAAGAAACUGUGAUUGGUUAGGUUAGGUGGUCAUUGUAAAAGCACCUCUACUUGAAAACAUUCACAUGGUGCAAGACCAUACCCCAUCAUUUCAUGAGCCGUGUAGUUGUCAAAUCGAAUUUUCUGAUUGUCAUCUGAAAGAAUUUACUUUUGAUGGCUAUGCUAUAUCACAGCCCGUAAUUCUGUCAGAUCCAUCGAUAGCUAAAAAUGCUUGUGCUAAUAUAAAGCUAAGUAAGUGGCAGGAUGGAACUCCAGAAGCAGGACUACGUGCUUUUGCGCUUCUCAAUCAGUUCAGUCAAGCGAAAUCUAUCACAUUUGACGGGUCUGAGGGAAUAUUUAGAUUCAAUAAGGAGCUUCUGAAUUCUGCUGUUGUGCGAGAUUGUUUGACAUCCACACUUAAGGUUGUGAAAUUUGGAAGAGUUAAUGGAUAUAAGCAUGAGUUGUGUUUAUCUAAAUUUUUUAUGGAAAAUGGUACAGUGCUUGAGAGGAUGAGUUUCUCCCUUGCUAGUCAAGAACUGGGCAAAUCCAAAGUCAUGGAAGAUUUUAAGGAGAAUCUAUUCUCAUUUAAGAAAGGUUUCUCUUUUGCUGUUGUUGAAUUUUCCUAUGAUUAGGUUAAUGAAGCAAGUAGUAUAAAUCUACAAUGUUUUUUGAUUAAUGUAUUUUGCAGUGUGAAUUUGUACAUGCAAGUAAUUGUUCAGAGAUGAUGACUCUGAUAUUUUUGGCCAAAGUACAAUGGUAGCAAGAUUAUAUUUAUGUUUAUCUAAAAGUAGUUGUCUCAAAUUGUGUUCAAAUGUUACUUCAUUUUAUUACAUUCAAUGUGUUUUCGUUCCUAUUGAUCAAAGUGGAUAUU